GUGAUUAAUGAAAUGGGAGUUUUCAAAGUCAGGUACAUGAAGACCAUUGCAUAUAAAUAGAAACUUACUAACUAUGCAUGAAAACACAAACUAAAAACCUCUCUUAUCUGAUUCCCAAAAAUUCCAAGUUGUAGUUGGCGCUCUCUUGAAUUAAUCAGAGAGCAAAACUAUUUUCUCAAUCUUCUAAUAAGCACUGAAAUGCAAAGCCCAGUGAGGUUCUCAAGCUGCAGAGGCGUGACAUUUGAGAUCAAUAAUCCCCAUGCAAACCCUUUUGCCGUAACAGAACGUUCCAUCAGCAAAAGGUUGUGGCCAUUUGCCUCCAACUCUAAGGUCUUCCCUUCAUUUUCAGUUCAAAGAUCCACCAGCAGGGCCAGUAGCCAUUUCUGUGACCUCGACCUCGAUGACGACGAAGAAAAUGACGAAGCUCUCCAAUCUCUCCAAGAAGAAGACAACAACAAUGAUGUGGAGAAGCAGCAGGAGCAGGAAAAACCAUUUGCCAAGCCAGCUGUUCCUCCUGCUGCUGCUCCAAAGAAGAGUGACAUGAGACUCUCGGUUAUACUUCUAGACCAAGGGUUGUUCACUGUGUACAAGCGUCUCUUCACGGUUUCGCUGAUCUUGAACAUCAUUGCUCUGGUUGUUGCUGCCACGGGCCAUUUUCCCUAUGCAAGGAAGAACGCUGCUCUAUUCUCCAUUGCCAACAUACUUGCUUUGAUUCUCUGCAGAAGCGAGCUUUUCUUGAGACUUGUCUUUUACCUUGCCGUCAAGAUCCUAGGGAGAUCAUGGGUUCCUCUCUUCAUCAAAACCGCCACCACUUCUCUUCUGCAAAGCGUAGGAGGCAUACACAGUGGCUGCGGCAUCUCCUCCAUCGCGUGGCUUCUGUAUGCUUUGAUCCUCACACUCAAGCAAAGAGACAACACUUCACCGGAGAUCAUUGCUGUCUCCAGCGCCAUUCUCGGCUUCCUCUGUAUCUCUUCACUGGCUGCAUUCCCUCUCGUUCGCCAUCUCCAUCACAACGUCUUCGAGAGAUUGCACCGUUUCUCGGGAUGGUUCGCACUUGCCCUUGUGUGGGCUUUCGUAAUACUCAGAAUCUCCUAUGAUCCAACAACAAAAUCAUACAGAAAUGAAGUUGGAAAAGCUUUGGUCCAUAGCCAAGAGUUCUGGAUGACAGUGGCCAUCACAGUGCUCAUAGUGGCUCCUUGGUUGACAGUGAGGCGUGUCCCGGUUAGAGUUACAAGCGCCUCCGGCCACGCUUCCAUCAUCAAAUUCGAAGGAGGAAUAAAGGCAGGGAUACUUGGAAGGAUUAGCCCUCAUCCUCUAUCUGAGUGGCACGCGUUUGGGAUAAUCUCGGAUGACAAGAAAGAGCACAUGAUGUUGGCCGGUGCAGUUGGAGACUUCACGAAAUCUUUGGUGGCAAACCCUCCAACGCACCUGUGGGUUCGCCAAGUGCACUUUGCAGGACUCCCUUAUCUUACAAACAUGUAUGAUAGGGUGUUGUUGGUAGCCACCGGGUCUGGAAUCUGUGUGUUCCUUUCGUUCCUCUUGCAGCCAUGUAAGGCAGAGGUGUGCGUGCUCUGGGUCACAAAAGGUGUUGAACAGAACUUUGGAAAGGAGAUUAAGGAAAUGAUGAGUGGCCACUCCAAAGAGAAGGUUAUAGUUCAUGACACUGCUGUGCUUGGCAGGCCAAACGUGUCUGAGAUGAGUGUCAAUGCUGCCAACAACUUUGGUGCUCAAGUCGUCAUUGUCACAAGCAAUCCUCAAGGAAGCAGAGAUGUUGUCAAUGCAUGCAAAGCUAAUGGAAUUGCAGCCUUUGGUCCCAUUUGGGAUUCCUAGUUCUUCCCUCUCUAAUAUAUUGCUUCUUAAUUUUGUUAAUUAAUAUAUUGUUUAUGUGUCUGCUUGUACUGUUUAUUAUUAUCCUGGCAAGUAGCCAGGCUUCUAAUAUGUUAAC